UAUUUUUGCGUUCUGCGCUAACAUUCUUUCAUACUGUAAAUUGUAUAAUUGUAAACAAACCUGUGAAAAUGCCUUUUAAUUUAAUUUUAAAACGCUCUAUUUCUACCACUGCCGCAAAUCUAGGCAAAAAAAACUUUCGCAAAUUUCAACUAUUCAAUAAGAGGGGCACCAGGCAAUUUAAAAAAGAACAACUUGAAAAUCCCGAUCUUGAUUUAUUUCACAGCAAAGGGGUAAGGUCCGUGGGGUACACCAGCAGAGUGGACGGCUCCUUUAAAUUGAUCCCAGAAAAGAUUCCGGAGUUGAUAGUACCAAAUCUUGAAGGGUGUGAGCUGAAGCCAUAUGUGUCAUACAGAACACCAGAUAUAGUGCAAACAGAGUUCACUGCAGAAGAUUUAUUCAAUGUUGUAUAUGCACCCAAAAUCACCAAAGACUUUGAAGAGGGUAAAUUAGAUGACAAUGGGAACCCAUUGGAGCCUUCUUUAGAAGAAAAAUUGACCCCAGAAGAGGCUAAACAGAAAGCAAGGCAAACUGGUUCAGAUAUGUUAUAAACCAUUAAGUUGUUUUUAUGAAAUAAAUUAUUUUGUAGCUUGUUUAAAUAGUACAA